AUGGGGUCCUUCAGUAGACUGCUUCAUGACGAUCAGUUUCAGAUGCCAAUGAGUUCACAUAUAGCUUCACCUGUAUAUGGUGGACCAUCUACGACAAUGUUUGGCCAAUCUGGUCCUUCGACGUCGAACACAUUUAUAUCUUCUCCGAUGCAAGCUGAGAGCGAAGAGGAGGAAGAUGGACUGGAUAAUAUGGAUGUUGAUCCUCCAGACAGGGAAGGUGGGGAGGCCAUGGUUAGACCUCCUAUUCCUUGGUUCAGUCAACUAAAUGAGAAUUAUGAGGUUGAUCAAUAUUGGGCCGAAUCAGGUAGUCAUACAACAUUUGUGAUCGGGGGAGAGUUUGAGAAGGGUAUGUUCUUUGAAUCUAAGAAACUUCUUCAAGAAAUGGUGAAGAAAAAGAUAUGCUUGAAAGUUGAAUUUAUACAGGAACUCAUAUCCAAGAAUUUUCAGUUCGACGUUACUUAUCGAAGAGCAUGGUAUGAUAGGGAGAAAGCCAUAUCUGAAGUAUUUGGGGAUUGGGAGAGUUCUUAUGGUAGACUUCCGCACUUCAUGGAAGCACUCAAACAGUCAAACCCGAGAACCGUUGUUGUAUGGAAACACAAAGCUCUGGUAGACGGUGUUUAUUACAGCAACAUGGAAGUGUUUGAACGAGUAUUUUGGGCCUUCGGCCCUUGUGUUGAAGGUUUUAAACAUUGUAUGUCUGUCAUCUGUAUCGAUGGGACGCAUUUGUACUGGAAAUUUAAAGGAACAUUGUUGGUUGCUACAAGUGUGGAUGCAAACUUCCAAGUAUUUCCACCUGCAUUUGCGUUAGUCGAAGGGGAAAACACUUCCAGCUGGUCUUGGUUUAUGGGCUGCAUUCGGGUUCAUGUCACUCAAAGAGAUGGCCUCUGUGUUAUAUCUGAUCGACAUGCUGGGAUCAUUGCAGCAAUGAAUGACCUUAACGUUGGAUUCAUCGAGUCGCGAGCCUAUCACAGGUUUUGUGUUCGACACUUGGCUUCUAACUUGAAGACUCACGUGCGAAGAAACGACAUGAGAGAUAUGUUCAAGGCUGCUGCGUACCAAAGGCAGGAAAGAAAACUGCAAGCUGAUUGA